CCCUAUCAAGAAAGAAUUUUAUUGAAGAGACUAGCUCCUCUAGUAGUCAGAAACUGAAUCACUGGUGUCAUCAAAGUCGCAUGGAGAAGUAAUAGUUCCACGUGUUGACAUUUUAAUAUACUGAACUUCGUAACAUUUUAGCAUUGUUUAUAUUUUGAAAGCAUAGUAAGAAAAAUAACUGGUGAAAAAAAUCUAGUAAACAUAAUUUCCCAAACUUAGCGCUUAUUUUAAAUUUAUUUGUAAAUAAUGGAAGAUGAUGAUAUAAAAUUAGAUUGGAAUAUUGAACCUAUAGAUGGACAGGAUAAAUUUAUAUCUGUUGAAUCUUAUAUGAAAUAUUCUGCAACAAACAGAGUUUUAUUGGACAAUACAUACAAAUAUUAUGCUAAUCUUUUUAAAGAUAAUAUUUGUUUAAAUAAAGACAUUUGUAAUGAUGUAGUUGAUGAACCACAACAAUCCUGCCCAAAAAAAGUGAAAAAAAUUAAAAAAUGUGAAAAGAAGACUUCAGAUAUUCCUUUUUCAACUCUUACUGCUGAUGAACAAGCUCAGUAUUUACAACUGUUUCAUAAAUAUUCCAAUCAAAUGGUGAAUGUUUCAUCUGAAAAGGAAAGGAAGGAUAUAAAAUUAUUAGCUGAAUUACAUUCUAAAGUUGUUGCAGAACAAAAAAAUUUUAUGGAAUAUCAAAAGUCUGCUUCAGAUUCUUUAACAAGAUAUCCUCUUCAUCCUGAAAUUCAAAGAUAUGUUAAGGAAUUGCUUAAAGAAAAACUAGAAUCUUGUUUGAAUUAUCCUCAUUAUUAUACUAUUUUAAAGAAAAUAACAAUUUCAGAAAAUAUUUCUCAAGAUAAACAUACCACUUUUCAUUUAAUUCACAAGUUAUUAAAACUGGGUAAAAUUCCUAGAUUAGUAAUGCCAACUUUAGGAAAAAACUGUGUUAUUGAAAAAAAUUAUUUAAAAUUAUCCCGAAGGUUUCCUGUUUCUUUACAUACAAAGCAAUCGUCUCAAGAACUUCCUUUUAAAAAACCAGUUAGUCAAGAUUCUAUUGCUAGAAACUUAGCAGAUAAAUAUUCUGCUGAUAUCAUAAUAUCAUUAAGUGGAUUGAAAUUACUUUUAAUCAGUCAAAAGUUAGAACCUGAUACUGAAUGGGAAUUGCCCAUAGUUGUAAUUUCAUCAGAAUCUGAACAAUCAGUUCUUACUGUACCAAAAAAACAAAUAUAUAUAGACAAACCAGUACCAUCAGGAAUAUGGUGUACAGUAAGAAAAAGGAAACUUUAUUAUAAAUAUGCAAUGAAAUUGCAUUAUACACAUUUCAAUCCUGUUAAAAAGGAAAAGUGUAGCCAAAAAAAUAUACAAAAUGACAAUCAAGAAAGAGAAAUAACAGUUUUACAAGAUGAACUUUUUCAAUCUGAUUGUCUUCAACAUGAAACAUUUGGUCAAAAUACUUUAAAUGAAUGUAAAAAAUCAUCAUUAAAUGUGCAAGAGAAUAAAAAAUGUGGUGAAAAAACAAUGCAUAAACAUGAUGAUGAUGAUAAAGAUUUGAGAACAGAAGAUAAUUUAAAAAGAAAUUUUGAAGUAGAAACGAAUCAAAAAUCAGAAAUAAAUAAUGAUGAUAUUGAAACUGGAAAGUUUCCAAAUUCUCCAAUCUCUGAUAUAUGUAAAGAUAUUGAUUUGAAAAGACAACAUGAAAAGGAAAAAGAGCAAACUUCAGAAAUGAAUAAUGGAGAUAUGGAUAGUCCAAAAUCUCCCAGUUCUGAAAACAAUGAUAUUGCUAGAGAGAUUGAGUCAGAUAAUGGUAUUAAUUUGAAGCAAGUUAAAAGUGAUGAUGAUAACACAGGUCCAGAGAGUAAGAAAAGAAAAUUAGAUGAGCAUUUUAUACAACAAGUGACUUCUGAUCAAAGAAACACUUCAAGCCAAAUAAAUGAAUUAGAAAUUACUGAAGAUGGAAUUAUUCUGGAAAGUAAUUUGGAUGAUAGUAAAAGUUUGAAAGAAAAUAUUCAUAUUUUGGAAGUUGAUCAUACUGCUGAAAAAGGAUUGGAGCAGUCCCCCACAGAAAAUGAGUGUCGGAUUAAUAUUAAUAAUCUUUCUGAAGAUUCUGAAGAUGAUAACCUUGUUAUAGAUGAAAAUUAUACAACUACUGAUGUUGAUGUUACUAAUGAUAUAUUGCAUACAACCAUAUCUUCACCACAAGAUGAUGAUGGUGGUGAUGAAAAUAAAACUAAUAAAGCAGUUUGUUUACAAAAUGAACAUAAUAAAACUCAAGAUGGUGAUUGUAAUGAAGUAGUAAACAAUAAAACUGCUGAAUGUAUAUCAUUUCCAGACAGUAUAAAUCAAGAAACUAAAAAAAAUGGAAAUACAGAUACAAAAAUAUCUACAUUAGAUGAAAUACUUUGUUUGCAAGAAGAAAUGUUAGGUACAAAAACAAAACUUUCAUUAAAUAAAUCUCAAGAAAAAUGUGAAAUAAAUACAGAAUCAGAUGCUUAUAUAGAAGAUCCAAAUAAGUUUAUCUCAGCUGAUUCUUUACAAAAUGAAAAUGUAACAUAUAAUUUAUGGCAAUUGGAUGAAUUUAAGCUUCUUUUAAGAAGUAAACUGGAUUGUAAAGAUGCUGUUAAUCAUAAACCUAGGUUUCUAUUUUCCAAAUUGGAAUAUCAAGCACAGUUUGGUUGUGAAAUUGUAACAGAACAUGAUUUAAUGAAUGAAUGGUUAACUCUUCUCACUCAUCCCAAAAGUGCUGGAUUAAGAGUUAGAACUGAUGUUGCAACAUCAAAUGUUCUAUUAACUGAAGAAUUAACUUUGGAAAAAUUGCAGCGUUUGACAGAAAAAUUUCAUCCAGAAAGAUAUUUAUGCUGGCUGAAAAAUUUAUUUAAUACUUUAAAAGAGUAAGUAACAUUCAUAACAUUCAUAAAUUUAUAUUUUUUAAAUCUUGAGCAAUUAAUUUAUGAUGAUUUUACUUGCUUUAUUAUAUUUUGCUUCUUUUGCUCUAUCCUCAUUACUUACACUUUAUUAUUGAAUUUUUCUAUAGUAUAAUGCUUGACUUUUAUUCUUGUUUACAAUUAUAUAUUAGAAUCACAGUGGAAACUCAAUUAUUUGAACUUGAUUGCACCAAAGGGUCUUUCAGAUAAAUAAAAUUUUGGAUAAUCCGAAAACUUGUUGUUGUGUUUUGGAUACAACAUUCGACACUGUGCAUUUAAAGUUUUAUGAAUAAGUAGCUUGUUACACCUGGUAAUGCCAGGUUUAUAAAAGUAAAUGUUGCAGUAAUUGUUACACCUGGUGUUAUUAAUCAUAAAUUUCAAAAGUGUAUGUGGUAAAACCCAUUUAAAGAACAUUAUUAGAAUGCCUAUGAACUAUAUGGGAAGUAUGUCCUUGUAAAUAGUGAGUUUUAUAGAAAAAUUAACGGAAUAAAUUCAGAAACUGUUCAGAAAUGAAAAAUCAGAAUUGCUAGAUGUUGGAAAUCCAAACACUUAUAUAAUUUUUACAGUGUAACUUUUUUGACUGGACACACAUGACUGCUGUGUGCUACCUGUUGCAGUAACAAUAUAGUGCAUCUAUUUUGUGCUAUAUUAUUAUUACAGUUAUCAAGUGAAUAUAAUUUUUGUUUUAUAAAUUAUAUUCAUUUUUGUCUGAAUUAUAUUUAUUUAUUUAUUUUUUAAAUUUGCCAAUAGAUGGCGCUACAUAUAAGUCAGCAAGUUGGAUUUAUGUAGACAUUUAUCAAUAUAUAGAAAUUAAAUCAAUAUUUAGAUUUGGUAUGUAUAAUGACAUAUAAGUUAGAAGUAUGUUAACAUAACUGUCAAGUUUCAUGGCAAUUGGUCUGAUGGCCUAGGAGUGCAUAGCAAACAAACAAACAUUCCCAACUUAUAAUAUAAUUGAGAUGGUUUGAUAAUGAUGAUAAUAAUAAGUGCAGAGCCCAAACGGUUAGGAGUUGAAAGUUGAAAUUGACAGUUAGGGUAGACUAAAAAGGAAUUUUUCGAAAUUCCUUUUUGUGGGGAGAGGAAGAGAAUUGAGGCUUAUCCUGAAUAACUCAGCUUCUACUGUACUAUUUUAGAUGCAGUUUUUUGCGUUAUUGACUGUGUUUUGGUAGGGUACAUCAUGAGAAUGCACACUAAGAAGGGAUUUUUUUGUAAAUUCCAUCCCAUGAGGAAAGAAAAGAGUUUGUUUUAGUCAGUAUAAAGUGUAAAUAAUAAAGAAGAAAAAUAAAUAGUGGUACAUAUAGUAUACAUUUUGACAAUUAAUAAAUAUU